ACCGCGUUGUCACCAAAGUUAUCUAACUUUAUUAAAUUAUUACAGCUAAAUGAAAAAGGUUACAAAGUUUGAUUUUCUCUAAAAUAUUAUAUGUCUUUUUCAUUGCUCACAGAUACGUUACAAGUUUCACCACGACACUAUAACAGUAUUAAAGCCGUAACGACGUCGAAAUCAAGCCCUACACCGAUGGAGCAACAAUCAGCAGCCGGACUCGAAGAGCCAACGGAGUUCCAUAAUUUAAAUUACACGGCAAUUCGAUACGCUAGUCAGGGUUGUCACGAAGUGGCGAUGACAUUGUGCAAACAAGCUCUUAAGAAACUAAAGAUAAAUAAGGGUGAAGAUAAUCCCGAUGUCAUGAUGAUGCUCAAAACCCUUUCUAUAGUCUAUCAUUACCAGAGCAGAUACGAGAAUGCUAUGGAGCUGCUGCACGAUACUUUGGCACUUGGAGAAAAGACACUUGGCGAGACGCAUCCCGCGGUUAUCGACAUCUUGAACAAUCUCUCUGUGAUCUACGGUAGACGAGGUAAAAAUGAGGAAGCUGAGUCAUUGUGCAGACGAGCGUUGAAAGCUCGCGAGAAGAUACGCGGCAAAAAUCAUCCUACCGUGGCAAAGCAGCUCAAUAACUUGGCCUUGCUCUGUCAGAGCCAGAAUAAAUACGAAGAGGCUAUUGAGAACUUUCAGCGUGCUUUUGAGAUUUAUGAAACAGCUUUUGGUCCAGACGAUUCGAACGUCGCCAAGACCAAAAGCUUCCUUGAGUUGUGCCAUUCGAAACUGAAAGUCAACGAAGACAUCGAUCCUGACGCCAAACAGCUGUUUCAUCAAGUGUCGAUAAAGCAUGAUUUAUUGAAAACAAAUUCCGAGACGAUGGUUAGAGAACGCAAGCAGGAACUCGAUGCAAUAGAUAGUUGUGAUGAAAAAGGUGAUUUGAAGAUAUCGAGGAAUUGUCCUGAUAACGAAGAGAUGAAUAGUGAAGAAAAAGUAAAUUCUUCAACAUCUAACGAAAAAGACUCCGUGCUGACUGUGCAACCAGUGCCAAUGCAUAAGGAACAAUCCGCUAACAACGGAACUGGUCUUCCUGGUUUAAAAAAAAAGAUCUUUCGCAUUCUAGGAAUACGUAGAAAUUAUGAUGUUCCGUAGAACCAGUUGAGAUUUUUUCAAUACACUACAAUUUUCUAAUUUUCUUCCAUCAAAAGCAAAUGUUUCAAUUUACGAAAACUGUAAUGUAGAAGUUGAAAAUUCAGAAACCUUCUAGUUUUUAUUUUUAAUCAAUUGUUCCCCGAUAAGCAUAAUAUAUAAACUUCAAUAGACAUUAUAUAAAAUACUGUAUGCUUCUGAUUCUGUUAAGGAUAAGAUAAAAUUUGUUAGUCAUUUUAACAAUGAAUU